AUGCAACCCAUCACACUCCUUUUUGCAAUGCUGUUUCUGGUGCAGGCCAUCAUCAUCACACCCGUUGUAUGGGCUGACAAAAAGUCCGACACAUGGUCAUUCAAGAAUUGGAACAAGUACAGGAGCAAUGAAAUGGCCUGGCGUAAGAAAUGGGGUAUUGACGAAUCAAGUGGCUGGGCCUGGCCCCACGACAAUGACGGCAACCAUAAGAUUGUGGCCGAUCCAAGUAGCAAAAAGACAUCCGUGCUUCGUGUCGAGUAUCCCAAAGGAAGCAGCAACCCACAAAGCGAUCCUCAAGGUGGCAUCGGAUUCUAUGCAGAGCCUUUUCAUUUGAAAAAAGAAGCCAAGCAAGUCGUCCUUGAAUACCAGGUGUAUUUCCCUAAGCGAUUUACAUUUGUCCAAGGUGGAAAAUUACCUGGAUUGUAUGGUGGACAUGAAGGAUGCUCUGGUGGUGCUGAUGCUGAUAGCUGUUUUUCCACGAGAUUCAUGUGGCGUCGUAAAGGCGAUGGCGAGGUAUAUGCUUAUAUGCCGGAAAGCAAACAACGCAAGAGCCUUUGUGAUGAAAAAAACAACAUUUGCAACUCUGACUACGGUUAUAGCUUGGGUCGUGGUUCAUGGUCGUUCCCUACUGGCGAGUGGACAACUAUUAAGCAGACCUUGAAGCUCAAUUCUCCUGGCAAAACCGAUGGCUCAGUCACUGUCCAUGUCAACGGGAAAAAGGUCUUGACCGAAAAGGAGCUGGCCUUCCUUUCCAAAGACACCGGUCAAGUCAUUGGCAUUGUCUUUGAUACCUUUUUUGGUGGCAACGGCAAAGAAUGGGCACCAAAGAAAAAGAUGUACAGUUACUUUAAGGGAUUUUCUCUCAAGACUAGCUACUAG